AUGCCUCAGCGAGCAUUCGAUUUCGAAGGAGACGAUGCACAGUACAUCAAGCACCUCGAGAGUUUGCUGCUGAGCGUUCAACCGCCCCUUAAUUCCCGCCUUGGGAAGCUCGGCCCCGUCGCUAAUGCUCUCGAGCCGCCACCCAGUAGUAUUCAGUUUAUUGAGUGGAAACCGGACCAUACCUCUCUGCAAGUGAACCCGAUGUGGAUGAAACAACUUAACGCUUUCAUUGAAGGCAUCCCUGUCCAAGACCAGUGGCGGGAGGCAAGAGUGAAGGCUGGCAUUGAUACUCCGGAUCGGAAUCAACACGCUUUGAAACUGAUUCUAGGCCAUGUCGGUCCUGCCAUCUUCCAUGAUGAAUACGAGACCACCGCUCAGGCGCCGGUUCUCCCCACCGAGAGCCGUGAUCUGGUGGACACCACCAACGACACAAUGAGGCGCUACACCGGCCGGGAUCAAAAAGAUCACACUCUGGCAAAGUAUCGGAACGGCGCCGUAUGGGUCAACCGAUGCAUGGUGGCCCUUCUGAAGAAUGGAUGGGGACAUAAGAGCUGGGAAAUCUUCCUCCUCAAUAGUCAGAGUCCGGCACAAAUUGCCCGGUUUGCCGCCUACAAUGCCGACAGUUACAAGAUAGUAGCCCAUCGGUUAGGGGAAGCAACUGUUCCGCAGUGGGAAAUUGGUUGGGUACCAUACUGCCUUCCCUGUAUCGUCCACUACCUCACGGGGUAUACAGUUCCACUGCAAGGCAUCUGCGAGGCUCUCGGUUACGGAAGGCUCCCACCUUACUUGAUGCAGGCUAUUUCCAUGCAUUUCAUAGAGACAUUGAAUUCCCUAUUCGCCAACGACGGCAUUCUGCCUGUGCCUAUCGGACCAUACCACGCGGAAUCGAACGUAAUUCACCCGCUGCCUUGA